AUGGACAACCAGCUCCUGCCCAUGCUGCUGCUGCUCCUGCUGGGGGCCUCAGGCUUCUGGGGACAGGGACAGGACUCUGAAGGUCCCUCAAGGGGGCUCUCUGAGGAGGAAGUUCACAAGGAGGAUGGGGUCUUGGUUCUGAGCCACCACACCUUGAGCUUGGCCCUACAGGAGCACCCGGCCCUGCUGGUGGAAUUCUAUGCUCCAUGGUGUGGCCACUGCCAGGCACUGGCCCCUGAAUACAUCAGAGCAGCUGCUCUUCUAGCAGCCGAGUCAGCCAUGGCCACACUGGCCAAGGUGGACGGGCCUGCAGAGCCAGAACUGACCAAGGAGUUUGGUGUGACAGAGUAUCCGACACUCAAAUUCUUCCGUGAUGGGAACCGCACACACCCUGAGGAGUACACAGGGCCCAGAGAGGCUGAGAGCAUUGCUGAGUGGCUGAGACGGCGGGUGGGACCCAGUGCCACACGUCUGGAGGAUGAGCAGGGUGCCCAAGCACUGAUUGACGCCCAGGAUGUGGUUGUAAUCGGCUUUUUCCAGGACUUGCAGGAUGAGGAUGUGGCCACUUUCCUGGCCUUGGCCCGGGAUGCCCUGGACAUGACCUUUGGCCUCACUGACCAGCCGAAUCUUUUUGAGAAGUUUGGCCUCAUCAAGGACACUGUGGUCCUCCUCAAGAAGUUCGACGAAGGGAGGGCCGACUUCCCAGUAGACAAGGAGCUUGGCCUGGACCUGGGGGACCUGUCUCGCUUCCUCGUCACACACAGCAUGCACCUGGUCACAGAGUUCAACAGCCAGACAUCUCCUAAGAUCUUCGCUGCCAGGAUCCUCAACCAUUUGCUGCUAUUUGUGAACCAGACACUGGCUCAGCACCGGGAACUCCUGGCAGGCUUUGGAGAGGCAGCUCCCCACUUCCGGGGACAGGUGCUCUUUGUGGUGGUGGAUGUGGCUGUAGACAAUGACUACGUGCUGCAGUACUUUGGCCUCAAGACUGAGGAGGCCCCGACCCUGCGCUUGGUCAAUGUGGAGACUACCAGAAAGUACUCAUGGGCAGGCAAUGAGCCCAUAACCUCAGCGUCUGUGGCUGCCUUCUGCCACGCUGUCCUCCAUGGUGAAGUGAAGCCAUACCUUCUAAGCCAGGAGGUGCCUCCUGACUGGGACCAGCAGCCCGUCAAGAUCCUAGUGGGCAAGAAUUUUGAGCAGGUGGCUUUUGAUGAGACCAAGAAUGUAUUUGUCAAGUUCUAUGCUCCAUGGUGCAGCCACUGCAAGGAGAUGGCCCCAGCCUGGGAGGCACUGGCUGAGAAGUACAAGGACCAUGAAGACAUCAUCAUUGCUGAGCUGGACGCUACAGCCAAUGAACUGGAGGCUUUCACAGUGCACGGCUUUCCCACGCUCAAAUUCUUUCCUGCAGGGCCCGAUCAGAAGGUAAUUGAAUAUACAAGCACCAGGGACCUGGAGACCUUUUCCAAGUUCCUAGACAGUGGGGGUGAGCUGCCUGUGGAGGAGCCCAUGGAGGAGCCUGCGGCCCCCUUCCCGGAGCUAAUGACCAACUCUACCAUGGGGUCCAAGGAAGAGCUGUAGUCAUGCCCUCCCACACUGACCGUUGUGCCCAGGGAGAAGUUGGUCUCUCUGGUGCUAGAGGGAGCUGUGUGCUGUGAAUAAAGACUUUGUUCAACACUCUUGUGUGAUUCCUGAACAAAGGUGGCUGCUGGUCUGUGUAGCCUGGUCCUGGUCCUGGUCCUUACCUGGCCCUCCCUUGGCUCCCUGGGGCCUGUUCCAUGCUGACUGAGGUCCGGC